UCAACGCGGUGUCGUCCCCAUACUCUCGACUGCUUGUUUGGGGGUAAUGAAUGCCCCCUCUCUCCACCCCACCUCACCCCCUCGCCGCCCUCCUCCGCUCCUCCGCCCGGCGCCGGGAUCGCACCGCUUGCCGAAAGCUCCACGCUCACCUCCUCAAGUCCGGCCUCCACCAACGACGUCCCUUUCCCUCCGCUCUCCUCGACGCCUAUGCGAAGUCCGGCUUCCUCUCCGAUGCCCGCUGCCUUUUCGAUGAAUCCUCCCACCGAGACGCCGUCCUCUAUUCCGCCCUCCUAUCCGCCCUCUCCCACUCCGAUCGUCCUUCGCAGGCCUUGUCCCUCUUCCGCCGCAUGGUUUCUGUGGACGCCGUCCCUCCUGAUGGAUUCAUCUUCGCAACCCUCGUCAAGACCUGUUCUCGUAUCGGCUCCCUUCGCCUCGGCAAGCAAGCCCAUGCGCAGUUCCUUCUAUCUUCAUUCUUUACGGAUGAUGUUGUCAGGUCCUCGCUCGUUGACAUGUAUUCUAAGUGCUGUGCUGUUGAUGACGCUCGAAAAGUCUUUGAUACAGUACCAGAUAAGAAUCACGUCUGCUGGACGGCUAUGGUGUCCGGAUAUGCUUCCAAUGGUCGGAAGUCAGAAGCUUUGGGGCUUUUCUGGCAGAUGCCACGGAGGGAUCUCUUUGCUUGGACGGCUUUGAUAUCUGGGUUCCUCCAAAGUGGUGAUAGUUUUGAUGCCGUCAAGUUAUUUGUGGAAAUGAGGAGGAACCAAGUGGAAAUUGACGAUUCUUUUGUUCUCUCGACGGUUGUUGGUGCUUCUUCUGAUUUGGCAGCUCUUGAAUUGGGUAGGCAACUCCAUGGUUUAGUGUUGGCACUUGGGUACAAAUCAAGCAUGAUUCUGGGAAAUGCACUUGUUGACAUGUAUGCAAAGUGCAGCGAUAUUCGCUCUGCAAGAGCUGUUUUUGAAGGACUUGUCAUGCGAGAUGUUAUUUCCUGGACAACUAUGGUUGUUGGGGAAGCACAACAUGGUAGAGCCGACGAUGCAUUGGAUCUGUAUGAUAAGAUGGUCCUUGCUGGGGUGAAGCCAAAUGAAGUGACCUUUACUGGGUUGAUUUAUGCUUGUAGCCAUGCUGGACUAGUCCAGAAAGGCCGGGAGUUGUUUGAUUCCAUGGAGCAGGAUCAUGGCAUUAGGCCCUCGUUGCAACAUUAUACAUGCUUGUUGGAUCUUCUUAGUCGGUCUGGGCAUCUAACUGAAGCAGAAAAUGUCAUUAAUUCAAUGCCAUAUGUGCCUGAUGAAGCUAGUUGGGGAGCUUUGUUGAGUGCAUGUAAAAAGCAGGGUGAUACCUCAAUGAGCAUAAGGAUGGCUGACCGGUUGUUGGGGUUGAAACCCAAAGACCCUUCAACUUACAUCUUGUUGUCUAAUACAUAUGCUGCCGCUGGCAAAUGGGAUAGUGUGGCUAGCGUGAGGAAGCUGAUGGCUGAAAUGGAUGUCAAGAAAGAGCCUGGUUACAGUUGGAUUGACUUGGGCAAAGAGAGCUGUUUGUUUCGGGCUGGGGAAGUGCCAUAUACUAUGAGACAUGAGAUCAUCAGAUUGCUUAAUGAAUUGGCCAAUGAGAUGAAUAAGAGAGGGUAUGUUCCAGAUACAAGGUCUGUUAUGCAUGAUGUGGAAGAGAACGAGAAAGAGCAACAACUUUUUAUGCAUAGUGAGAGAUUAGCAGUUGCCUUUGGGCUUCUCAAGUCAAUUCCAGGAACAACAAUCCGGGUGAUUAAGAACCUUCGCAUUUGCCUCGACUGUCAUAAUGUUCUAAAAUUGAUCAGUGAAAUUACUGGGAGGGAAAUUGUUGUCCGAGAUGCAAAUAGGUUCCACCAUUUCGAGGUUGGAAAGUGCUCUUGUGGAGAUUUCUGGUGACACCAUAUCUCGUAAUGCUGUAAUAAUAUACCUGGUCAUAAGAAAGCAAGCAUGCUACAGGUGUCACCGUUAAGAGCUUCAAUUAAAA